AUGUGCGGUGAACGGUUUCUCUUCAGUGUAGAUGUUCAUAGUCGUGGCGAGGCAUGUGCUACGCAGUAUAACGGCGAGCCAGCGUAUGUCGGCAAACGCGCCACGAUCAAAGCAUACGUGUGGACGGAGCUAGACACUUACUAUAGCAAGAAAUGUGCUUCGCACGACGCUCGACGUGCCUCGGUUAAGAAAAUGAGGCUAUUCGAGUCAUUCGGCACAUGCCGAAUAGAUCCAGCAAACACACCACCGCAUAGCGUACACGUAGCCGCUGUUGUUUCUAUAAUAACUCAUGUAAUAAUGAUAAAAAACAGCAAAAGGCGAUUUGAUUUGCUGGCUGGCUCGCCUCGCUACAAUUGA